ACCUCUAUGUUAGAUCACUUUCCUUUACGGGGGGAACGGAGCAUCUCUAAUUCUUCACCGUGAAGGCUUCUGUUUUCCCCAACGCCGCGACGGUUGAACGGCAGCGAUCGCCGGGGCUACGGAGCUUACUGCUCCCAAAUAAUAGUCUUCAGAGAUAUCAGCUCAACUCACUUUCACUCUCAUUUCUCUGGCGCCCGCUAGGUUUCAAUUUGGAGUCUGUAGGCUCACUUUCUGUUUCUGGGCUUUAGCCCUAGCUUACGUGUAGAUCUUACUGAAGGAUGAGUAGCUUGGUGGAGAGGCUUCGAAUUCGAUCGGACAAGAGGCCUUUCUACAGCGACGGGGGUUCAGACGAUGAUGAUUUCAUUUAUUCGAAGAAGAAGUCUACAACUGAGCUAGACCAGAAGCCGACCGAGCGAAUUGUGAGAGAAGAUGCGAAGGAAGGUGCGUGCCAAGCAUGUGGAGAAAAUGGAAGCCUUCUUUGUUGUAGAACUUGCACAUAUUCAUUCCAUCAAAAGUGCUUAAUUUAUCCUAUGAAAGCUUCAGCUACUGAGAAUUGGACAUGUCCUGAAUGUGUAAAUCCCCUCAAUGAGAUUGAUAAGAUGUUAGACUGUGAAACACGAGCAACUGCAGUAGAUGGAGUUGAUGUUACACAUUCUGGGCCCAAAAAGGCUGGCGUGAAGCAUUAUUUAGUGAAGUGGAAGGGAUUGUCCUAUCUUCACUGCACUUGGGUGCCAGAGGAGGAGUUUAAAAAGGCUUGCAAAGUCAAUCCUCGUUUGAGAAUCCGAUUAAAUAGUUUUCAAAAACAAUUGAAUUCACUGAGUGGCACUGGUGAUGAUUGGAUUGCCAUUCGCCCUGAAUGGACAACCGUAGACAGAAUCAUUGCAGCAAGGAAAAUUGGUGAUGAACGAGAAUAUUUUGUGAAAUGGAGAGAACUUCCCUAUGAUGAAUGUUCAUGGGAAUUUAAAUCAGAUAUUUCUACCUUUCAACCUCAAAUUGAAAGGUUCAAGACGAUACAGUCUAGAGGUAGCAAGAAACGUCGUAGAAAGAACAAAACUCUCAACCACGAUUCAAAUGAUCCAAUACUUAAAGAGUACGGGUUACAACCGUCUGAGGAAAAGAAUGAAUAUCAGCAUUUUGAGAAAAGGAUAGAGUUCCAGCAGUUUGAGAAAAGUCCAGAAUUUAUUUCUGGAGGGACAUUGCAUCCGUAUCAGCUUGAAGGUCUAAAUUUCCUACGCUAUUCCUGGUUUAAAAGCACUCAUGUGAUCCUUGCCGAUGAGAUGGGCCUCGGAAAAACUAUACAGAGUAUUGCUUUUCUUGCUUCUCUUCUUGAAGACAAAAUCUCUCCUCAUUUAGUGAUAGCACCACUUUCAACACUGCGGAACUGGGAGCGUGAGUUCUUAACAUGGGCUCCACAAAUGAAUGUUGUAAUGUAUUUUGGAUCGGCCCAAGCUCGUACUGUUAUAAGGAAUUAUGAAUUUUUUAUGCCCAAAGGGAAAACAAAAAAACAUAAGAAGAAGAAAUCUUUUAAAGAUGCCAAACAAAAGAAACAAGCGAAAAGAACAAAGUUUGAUGUUCUUUUAACAUCGUAUGAAAUGAUCAACAUGGAUUCAGUGUCUCUGAAAUCUAUUAACUGGCAGUGCAUGAUUGUAGACGAAGGUCACCGUCUUAAAAACAAAGAGUCUAAAUUGUUUCUUCAACUAAAACUUUUUAAUGCGAAGCACCGUGUGCUUUUAACUGGAACACCUCUUCAGAAUAACUUGGAUGAGCUUUUCAUGCUGAUGCACUUUCUUGAUGAUGGGAAGUUUCAAAGUAUUGAAGAUUUUCAGAAGGAAUUCAAAGAUAUUAAUCAAGAGGAGCAAAUUGCUAGGCUUCAUAAGCUACUUGCGCCACACCUCCUUCGACGAGUGAAGAAGGAUGUGAUGAAGGACCUGCCACCAAAAAAAGAGCUCAUUUUGCGUGUUGAUUUGAGUGCUAAACAAAAGGAGUAUUACAAAGCCAUUCUUACUCGAAAUUACCAGAUUCUUGCUCGCCGUGGUGGUCCGCAGAUAUCCCUUAUUAAUGUUGUGAUGGAACUCCGCAAGCUCUGUUGUCAUGUAUACAUGCUAGAGGGGGUGGAGCCAGAUACAGAACCGUUGAAUGCUGAUGAAGGUUUAAAGCAACUUUUGGAUUCCUCUGGGAAGAUGCAGUUGCUGGAUAAGAUGAUGAUGAAACUCAAAGAGCAGGGACACAGGGUUCUUAUAUAUUCACAGUUUCAGCAUAUGCUAGAUUUGUUGGAGGACUACUUGAGUUACAAGAAAUGGAGCUAUGAAAGGAUAGAUGGAAAGAUUGGUGGAGCAGAAAGACAGAUACGCAUAGACAGAUUCAAUGCCAAAAAUUCUACUAGAUUUUGUUUUCUUCUUUCUACUAGAGCUGGUGGACUCGGUAUAAAUCUUGCAACUGCUGACACUGUUAUUAUUUAUGAUAGUGAUUGGAAUCCUCAUGCUGAUUUGCAAGCAAUGGCUAGAGCACAUCGUUUGGGGCAAACUAAUAAGGUAAUGAUUUACCGGCUUAUCACUCGAGGGACCAUUGAAGAAAAGAUGAUGCAAAUGACAAAGAAAAAGAUGAUUUUAGAACAUCUUGUUGUUGGUCGACUCAAGACACAAACUGUUAAUCAGGGAGAGUUAGAUGACAUCAUAAGAUACGGGUCAAAGGAGCUUUUUGCUGAUGAGGGUGAUGAACCAGGAAAAACUCGCCAAAUUCACUACGAUGAUGGUGCAAUUGAAAGGUUGCUUAAUCGCGAUGAAAUUGAUGUUGAUGAGGCUUCGGUUGAUGAUGAAGAUGAUGGCUUGCUAAAAGCUUUCAAGGUUGCAAACUUCAAAUACAUCGAUGAAGUUGAAGCUGCUGCAGCAGAGGAGGAAGCUAAAAAGCAGGCUAUGGCUGAAAAUGGCUUUACCUCCAAUCCUGAUAGGGCCAAUUACUGGGAAGAACUACUUGGGGACAAACAUGAAUUGAUCCAGAUUGAAAGGUUUACUACCAUGGGCAAGGGAAAAAUCGUAAACAGGAUACUACCAGACAGGAGGUGUCUGUUGCACCUGAGGACCCCCCAUGAUACUGUUGUUACUGUUACUGCGAGUGAUACGAAGCUGAUACCUACAAACUCCAUACAAAACAAUACUGAUGGACUAUUACCUAUAAAUGAUGGUGUUCAAGCUGAUAAUCAGGAGAGCCUCGCAGCUCCACUUCUUCACUUCGUAUCCGGUGUAGCGGCAACUCAUAUUUCACAUAUUGUAGAACCUAUUGUGGGUAUUACUGUUAGUAAUCCUUCUGCUUCAAGUAAUCCUUCUGCUAAUCCUUCUGCUUCAGCUCUACCCCAUCAGAUGCCUGCUACUGAAGAGGGUGAAGCAGCUGAAACAGGCUCUGAGGAUGAGGACUAUUCUUUUGAAGAUCUGUCAGAUAAUGAUGUUGGUCUACCUGGACAAACAUCAGGAAGAAAGGGCCAGCUCUCAAGAAAAAGAUGUCGUGUCGAUUUAUCUGAACCACAUGCCCUAAUGCAAGGUGAAGGGAAGUCAUUCAGAGUUCGUGGUUUUAAUCAAAACCAAAGAGCUGCAUUUUUGCAGUUACUUAUGAGGUUUGGUUUUGGGAAAUUUGAUUGGAAGGAGUUCGUGCCUCGGCUGAAGGGCAAAAGCAUGCACGAAGUUCAUGAUUAUGGCCGGCUAUUUAUGGAGCAUCUUACUGAGGAUUUAAAUGAUUUACCCACUUUUUCAGAUGGAGUACCAAAAGAAGGUCUACGAGUAGAUGAAGUGCUGGUUAGACUUGGCACCAUUCAAUCCAUAGAAGAGAAGUUGAACUUUCUCUCAGAAAGUCCUGGCGUUCCCCUUUUUGCAGAAGACAUACAGUUAUGGUUUCCUGCUUUGAAAGGAAGAAUAUGGAGGGAAGAACAUGAUAUUUUGUUGUUGAAAGCGAUUCUAAAGCAUGGCUAUGCUAGAUGGAUAUAUAUUGUUGAGGAUAAAGAUAUUGGUCUUGCAGAGAUUGUUCGUCAAGAGUUAAAUCUUCCUGUUACAAAUGGACCUUUCGUUGGUGCGGCAAACCCAGCAACGGACAAUGCAAACACAGGAUACUCGGUAAAUGGAUCUUCAGAAAUUCCUAAGGCAAAACAAUCAAAUCCAGAUUAUUCUAUGCUUUAUCAAUUUAGGGAAGUACAGAGAAGAAUUGUGGACUUCAUACGAAAAAGAUAUCAUCUUUUGGAUAAAGCUAUAAAUGCAGAGCUACUACUAGAAAAAAAUGGUGGAGCUAAACUUUCUGAGACUGCUAAUGAUUCUGAUGUUGAUCGUAAGCCUACUGAAGUUCUUAGUCCAGAACCAACAGAGCCAAGCACUUUAUCUAAAGAAUUGCCAAUUAUGGAACCCAUUGCUCUGCAGGAAGCUGUUUGUGAUGACAACAAUGGUCGCCUUGAGAUUGUUGGACUCUAUAAUAGAUUGUGCGGGGUGAUAGAAUCCACCACGCCUGAUGCUCUCCAGGCUUAUUCUGGCAACAUUUCUGCUGCUUCAAUUUUAAACAAAAGUCUCCAACAGCUUGAAAUCAUAUAUGAAGAUGUGCAUCGAAUUCUUGCUGCAUUCGAUCGAGAUACUGCCAAUGAAAACUUGGAUGUUAAAUCGGUGAAGGGCAGCGAGACGAGUAAUGGAAGUUUGCUGAGCACGACUCAGAGCGAACCCAAACCCACGCCGCUUCCAAAGGCAGAAAACAUUCAUUCCGAAGUUGAUAAAGUGGAAGCCAUUCAUAACUCCAACAGCUCUAUACAAGAAGGGAGCAGCAACCCUCAAACUUCAGUUCCUCCAUCUUCAUCGGCUGACACGGAUGUUGAGAAGAAGGAUGGCGAUGUAGGAGAUGCAUAGCUGAUUUAGUAUUUGUAGAUGAUUUCUACAAAUUCAUUAAUGAAUCUGUUGCUUGAGGUAAAUUCAAGCAAUUCUCCCUGCAACUUACUAAGUCUAGCAUUUCAUUGGAACACUUCGGCUGGUAUUCAUUACUGUUGAAUGAUAAGGGAAAGAUUUAUAAUAUGUUUCUCAUUUGGUUAGCUUGAUAUGGGAUACAUUUAUAGUUAACAAGGAAAUGCAAAUAUUGCUUUUUUUUAUAAUAUUA